AGCAAAGUCUGAAAUGGAUGUUACAUGAAUCAUUUUAAGGGAUGCACACAACUAUGAACAUUUCUGAAGCUUUUUUCUCAGUAAAGUAGAUAAAGAUGGAUGAAUCUGCCUUGUUGGAUCUUUUGGAGUGUCCCGUGUGUCUAGAGCGCCUUGAUGCUUCUGCAAAGGUCUUGCCUUGCCAGCACACGUUUUGCAAACGAUGUUUGCUGGGGAUCGUAGGUUCUCGAAAUGAACUGAGAUGUCCUGAGUGCCGGACUCUCGUUGGCUCGGGUGUGGAGGAGCUUCCCAGUAACAUCCUGCUGGUCAGACUUCUGGAUGGCAUCAAGCAGAGGCCUUGGAAACCUGGCCCUGGUGGGGGCAGUGGGACCAACUGCACAAAUGCAUUAAGGGCUCAGAGCAGCACUGUGGCUAAUUGUAGCUCGAAAGAUCUGCAGAGCUCCCAGGGUGGACAGCAGCCUCGGGUGCAAGCUUGGAGCCCCCCAGUGAGGGGUAUACCUCAGUUACCAUGUGCCAAAGCAUUAUACAACUACGAAGGAAAAGAGCCUGGAGACCUUAAAUUCAGCAAAGGUGACAUCAUCAUUUUGCGACGACAAGUGGAUGAAAAUUGGUACCAUGGGGAAGUCAACGGGAUCCAUGGCUUUUUCCCCACCAACUUUGUGCAGAUUAUUAAACCAUUACCUCAGCCCCCACCUCAGUGCAAAGCACUUUAUGACUUUGAAGUGAAAGACAAGGAAGCAGACAAGGAUUGCCUUCCCUUCGCAAAGGAUGACGUUCUGACCGUGAUCCGCAGAGUGGAUGAAAACUGGGCUGAAGGAGUGCUGGCAGACAGAAUAGGGAUAUUUCCGAUUUCGUACGUCGAGUUUAACUCGGCUGCUAAGCAGCUGAUAGAAUGGGACAAGCCUCCCGUACCAGGCGUUGAUGCUGGGGAGUGUCCCUCGGCAGCAGCCCAGAGCAGCACUGCCCCAAAGCACUCCGACACCAAGAAGAACACCAAAAAGCGGCAUUCCUUCACUUCUCUCACCAUGGCCAACAAGUCCUCCCAGGCGUCCCAGCACCGCCACUCCAUGGAGAUCAGCCCCCCUGUCCUCAUCAGCUCCAGCAACCCCACGGCUGCCGCGCGGAUCAGCGAGCUGUCUGGGCUGUCCUGCAGUGCCCCCUCUCAGGUUCAUAUAAGUACCAGCGGGUUAAUUGUGACCCCACCCCCGAGCAGCCCCGUGACAACUGGCCCUUCCUUUACUUUCCCAUCAGACGCUCCCUACCAGGCUGCCCUUGGCACUCUGAAUCCUCCUCUUCCCCCACCCCCUCUCCUGGCCGCCACUGUCCUCACCUCCACCCCACCGGGCGCUGCUGCUGCUGGAAUGGGACCACGGCCCGGGGCAGGAGCCACUGACCAGAUCGCACAUUUGCGGCCUCAGACUCGCCCUAGUGUGUAUGUUGCUAUAUAUCCAUACACUCCCCGGAAAGAGGACGAACUAGAGCUGAGGAAAGGGGAGAUGUUUUUAGUGUUUGAGCGUUGCCAGGAUGGCUGGUUCAAAGGAACAUCAAUGCACACCAGCAAGAUAGGGGUUUUCCCUGGCAAUUACGUGGCACCGGUCACAAGGGCAAUGACAAACGCUUCCCAAGCUAAAGUCCCUAUGUCUACUGCUGGCCAGACAGGUCGGGGGGUGACCAUGGUCAGUCCUUCCGCUGCAGGAGGGCCUGCCCAGAAGCUCCAGGGAAAUGGUGUGGCCGGGAGUCCUGGUGUGGUCCCCACCGCCGUGGUGUCAGCCGCUCACAUCCAAACGAGUCCUCCAGCCAAGGUCUUGCUGCACAUGACGGGGCAGAUGACCGUCAGCCAGGCCCGCAGUGCAGUGAGGACAGUGGCGGCACACAACCAGGAGCGGCCUACGGCAGCAGUGACGCCCAUCCAGGUGCAGAACGCCGCCUGCCUCGGCCCUGCGGCUGCGGGGCUGCCCCAUCACUCGCUGGCCUCCCCGCAGCCCCCGCCCCCCACGGCAGGCUCUGCCUCCCACGUUGCCGCCCUCGGUGUCAGUCGAGCUGGCGGCCCCCUGGCCUGCAUGGCGGCUGCGUCUCUGACCUCUCCGAGCAUCACUACCGCCUCUCUGGAGAACGAGCCCGGUGGCCGGACGGUGACCAUCCUCCCCGGACUUCCCACGUCUCCUGACAGUGCUUCAUCAGCUUGCGGGAACAGUUCAGCUUCCAAACCGGACAAAGACAGUAAAAAAGAAAAAAAGGGUUUGUUGAAGUUGCUCUCUGGCGCCUCCACUAAACGGAAGCCCCGAGUGUCGCCUCCAGCGUCACCCACCCUGGAGAUGGAGCUGGGUGGCAGCGAGCUGCCCCUGCAGGGAGCGGUGGGUCCCGAGCUGCCCCUCGGUGGUGGCCACGGCAGGGCGGGCUCCUGCCCCACGGACGGAGACGGCCCGGUCGCAGCAGUGGCGGCGGGAGCAGCCCUGGCCCAGGACGCCUUCCACCGGAAGGCGAGUUCCCUGGACUCGGCCGUGCCCAUCGCUCCCCCGCCCCGGCAGGCGUGCUCCUCCCUCGGCCCCAUGGUGAACGAGUCCAGGCCCGUUGCUUGCGAAAGGCACAGGGUGGUGGUUUCGUAUCCUCCCCAGAGCGAGGCGGAACUCGAACUCAAAGAAGGAGAUAUUGUGUUUGUUCAUAAAAAACGAGAGGAUGGCUGGUUCAAAGGCACGUUGCAACGUAACGGGAAAACCGGCCUUUUCCCAGGAAGCUUUGUGGAAAACAUCUGAGGAAGCCAACACGCAGAAGGCUUAGCAGUCACAUCACACGGCAAAAUAGCACAAAGCGAUUUAACGGAAAGAGUACAGUUGUGGACGUGCGGACGGUCGGGAGCUGCUUAGGGGGUUGGUGGGUGACUCCGGUGCCCGGCACGGUCGCACCAGCACGCGGAGCGAGGAGGGUGUCGUGGGGGGGUGUCGCUCUGGAAUCUGGCGUGUAAGGUGUGCCUCGUACUGUCUGAUUUACUACACAGAGAAACUUUUUUUUUUAAAGAUAUAUAACUAAAAUGGACAAUUGUUUACAAGGCUUAACUAAUUUAUUUGCUUUUUUAAACUUGAACUUUUCUUAUAAUAGAUAAAUUCUUCGGAUUAUGAUUUUAAGAAAUUAUUAAUUUAUGAAAUGAUAGCCAAGGAGAAGCUGGAUUAUCUCCUGUUGAGAGCAAGAGAUUCGUUUUGAUGUAGAAUGCAUCUUCCCCCCCUCGCCCCCUGCCCCUCACCAUUAUAAUUUGGGGUUAUGUUUUGCUUCUUUAAGACAGAAACGCCAGUACUCUAAUUUGGUUUCCUUCUUUGGGAAACCGAACAUGCAACUGAGUCCGUAUCCAUAAGGGCCUGGGGUAGGGAGACAGAAACUCGAGACGAGAGAAGUUAGCGACUCCCCAUCUUUCUAGUUUGGUCCGGAAUCACCCUUAAUAAGACCUAGCCCUCAGUUUCAUUUUGCAGGUUUUUAGUUUUCCUAGAAUGAAAUCAGUUAAGUGAUUAGGGAAGAAUAAAGCACAACCCUUGGAGAAAAUGUGUUCAGAAAUAUAUUUAGUUUUAUAGCAGAAGCAGCUCCAUUCAUUUGUUGGGAAGUAGAGAAAAUUGAAGUUGUACUCACUGUCUGAGAAUGACUGUGCAAUGUCACUUCCCAUUUGACCCCGAGUAACCUGCAUGCCCGGGACACAGUCAAACGUUUGUGAGGUAGUGGUGGUAAGUGGUGCACUCGUGUUAAAGUCAAAGGCUGUAAGAAACACUGUGAAGUUUCCAUUCAUCCAUUGUGACUCUUCCCGCAUCCUGCAUGUGUAACGGGAUUCCCGCGGUACCGUAGACUGUGCGUGGUGUGUGUAUUUCACUGCAGCUUCCUGGGGAGGUUAGUUCGCGCUCAGAAUCGACCGGUGCAGGAGGUGUACAGUAAACAGUCUUCUCUUCUUACUCUAAAGCCAGUGCUGACCACGGCCUCUUGAGUGCACGCAGCUCCCUCUCUGGCCAAGGUGUCCGUUGGCCGUCACACGAGUCAUGAGUGAAAAUGCUCUUUCGUGUCCUCCCAGCAGACGGACGGCAGGGACGGGUUUAUCCGGGAGGCCACUCCCGUGGCCGUCGCGCCGAAGCUCUGGGAGGCUUGGCGAGAGUGAACGUGCCCACACCUUGCAAUUGUGGCAGGAUCCAGCUGAGCCCGUCUUUUUAUAUCCACCCUUUGAUGUCAUUGGCCUCCCCCACCAGUGUCAUUGCGGUGCCACGCGGUUGUGGGUCUGGGCAGUCCCGAAACAAACGGAGGGAAGACAGCUGGUAGUGAGUAAGAUCGUUACCACGGUUUCCUCAUGGUCACUAAAUGAAUAAACCUUUUCUUUUUUUUUACUUUUAAGAAUUAAAACUGGGAAAUAGAAAGGUGAACUAAAAAGUCUUCUUGCAGUGACAAGAGGCUUCAUGGUCUUAAAAAGAUAUAUUAUGUGGUUGAAAAUAAAAUCAUUCCUAAAUUAACCAUUUUUUAAAAAAUAAAACACUGUACAUUAUGUUCCUGUGUGUUGAAUUUUUUAGAAAUACUUGGAUAUUCAUGUAAUAUAUAAAAGUUUGGUGAAAUGAACUUUAGUUAGAAAAAAGCUGGCAUCAGCUUUCAUCUGUGUAAGUUGACACCAAUGUGUCAUAAUAUUCUUUAUUUUGGGAAAUUAGUGUAUUUUAUAAAAAUUUUAAAAAGUAAAAAGACUACUACAGGUUAAGAUAAUUUUUUACCUGUCUUUUCUCCACAUUUUAAGCUAUGUGAUUGAAGUACCUCUGUUAAUAGUUUCCUGGUAUAAAGUUGGUUAAAAUUUCAUCUGUUAAUAGAUCAUUAGGUAAUAUAAUGUAUGGGUUUUCUAUUGGUUUUUUGGAGACAGUAGAUGGAGAUUUUGUAACAAGGGCUUGUUACGCAGUGAUACGGUAAUGAUAAAACUGCAGUUUAUCAUUCCUUUUCAUGUCAAUAAUUUGAGGACUGGAUAAAAGGUUUUGAGAUUAAAAUUUGAUGUUCAACCUUUA